UCAGCCAAGCCAAGGCAGAGCGAGUGAGCGUUGCAUAGCGAGGGGAAGAGGUGGUUUGCUUCGUUCAGUAUUUUUUUAAUGAACAAAACUACGAAUCACCUCUUCUUUUAAAGAUGUGGACAGAAGUCGGGAAGCUAAUGCUUCUACAUGUGUUACUAUUGGAGCUCCACUCCAGCCAAGGGACUCAUACGGAUACGGAUUGUGAAACGGGUCAGUUUCAAUGCAAGAACGGAAGGUGUGUACCUACUCUCUGGAGAUGUGACGAUGACGACGACUGCUCUGAUAACAGCGAUGAAGAAAACUGUCCGAAGAAGACGUGUGCCACCACAGACUUUGCUUGUAAGAACGGCCAGUGUGUUCCCCAGCGGUGGCGUUGUGACGGCGAGCCGGAGUGUGCUGAUGGAUCAGACGAGGCCGAUGCUACAUGCAGUCGACAGACGUGCCCACCUGAGAAGUUUGACUGUGGGGGGUCAACCAGCAAGUGUGUCUCGUUGUCAUGGAGAUGUGACGGUGAAAGGGACUGUGAGAACGGAGCGGAUGAGAACCAAUGUUCCGCAGACGCCAAUGCCUGCCCCGCCAAGGAGUUCCAGUGCCAUAACAGGAAAUGUGUGGCUCCCAUCUUUGUGUGCGACGGCGACGACGACUGUGGGGAUUGGAGUGAUGAGGAGAAGUGUUCCACUUCCCGCUGUGGCUCCCAGGAGUUCCGCUGUAACGACUCGGAGUGCAUCCCAGCUCUGUGGAGCUGCGAUGGAGACCCUGACUGCAGGGAUAAAUCUGACGAGUCUAUGGAGCGCUGUAGUCGCCGAACAGAGCCCCAGAAGCCCCGGUGCUCGGCGGGGGAGUUCCAGUGUGGAAGUGGAGAGUGUGUCCACCUCAACUGGAAGUGUGACGGAGAAGCCGACUGCAAGGACAAAUCUGACGAGGCUGACUGCGCUCUGCUGACCUGCCGUCCAGAUGAGUUCCAAUGUGGUGAUGGGUCCUGUAUCCAUGGAACCAAGCAGUGCAACAGGGUGCACGACUGUCCUGACUUCAGUGAUGAGGCCGGCUGUAUCAACGUCACUAAGUGUGAUGGCCCCAGGAAGUUCAUGUGCAAGAAUGGACAGUGUAUCAAUAGCAGCAAGGUGUGUGAUGCCGUCAAAGACUGCAAGGACUGGUCAGAUGAACCUAUGAAGGAGUGUGGUGUGAAUGAGUGCGCAGACAAAAAUGGAGGCUGCUCUCACAUCUGCAGAGACAGGAGGAUUGGCUAUGCGUGUGACUGUCCCUCUGGAUACCAACUAAUGGACAAGAAGACCUGUGAAGACAUAGAUGAGUGUGAAAAGCCUGACUCCUGCAGCCAGAUCUGCAUCAACUACAAAGGAGACUACAAGUGUGAAUGUUAUCAGGGCUAUGAGAUGGACCCCAGCACCAAGACCUGCAAGGCCGUGGGGAAGAGCCCGUACCUGAUGUUUACUAACCGCCAUGAGAUCUGUCGUAUAGACCUGGUGAAGAGAGAAUACAGCCAGGUGGUUCCCACUCUGAAGAACGCUGUAGCCUUGGAUGUGGAUGUCACCACCAACAAGAUGUACUGGUGUGACCUCUACCAGCGCAAGAUCUACAGUGCGUACAUCAACAAGGCCAGUGAUUCGUCGGAGCAGGUGACUCUGAUUGAGACAGCGCUGUCCUCUCCAGAGGGACUGGCUGUUGACUGGGUCCAGAACAACAUCUACUGGACCGACUCCGGAGAUAAGACUAUCUCCGUCGCCACGGGAGAUGGCAAGAAGAGGAAGGUCCUGAUCGACACUGAGCUGAGCGAACCACGGGCCAUCGCUGUGGACCCCCGACAAGGGUUUAUGUACUGGUCUGACUGGGGGACCCAGGCGAAGAUCGAGAAGGCUGGCAUGAACGGAGUGGAUCGCCAAGUACUGGUGUCAGAGAGGAUUGAAUGGCCCAAUGGCAUCACUCUGGACCUAUCCAACAGGCGUCUGUACUGGGUGGACUCCAAGCUGCACCUGCUCUCCAGCAUCGACCUGAAUGGUGACAACCGCAAAGUGCUGCUCUUUUCCCAGGACCACCUGGGGCACCCCUUCGCUCUCACUGUCUUUGAGGACCGUGUGUACUGGACAGACCUGGAGGAUGAGGCUAUUUACAGCGCUAACAGGCUAACAGGACACGAUGUGGCUACGCUAGCAGAACACCUCAAUAACCCUCUAGAUGUUGUGGUGUUCCACGAACUACGCCAACCCAAAGCUCCAGACAGCUGUAACAUGGGCAGUCUACCUAACGGAGGUUGUGAGUACCUGUGUCUUAAAGCCCCCCAGAUCACUGACCACUCCCCCAAGUACACCUGUGCCUGCCCGGACGGCAUGGAGCUGGGACCAGGCAUGAGACGAUGUGCCAUAGUCAAACCCAAGACAACCACAUCAGCUCCGACCACAGCCACCAGCACUACCACUGCAACUCCUACCACAACCACCACCCCAGCAACCACAACUACCAAUCCAACCACAGGUGCUACUAAAACCACCUCCACCACUACAGAACCAACCACAGCCACACGGUCGACCGCAGUUCCUUCGACAUCCUCCCCUCCUCCUCCCCCCAGAACAACAGCUUUGUGGAGGACCCCUCCCUCCACCUCGGGCCCCCGCUCCACUUCCACACCCCCUCUACUGCCCAACAACAUGCAGAGAGAGAACGCUAACCUCUCCCACCACUCUGGGAAUGACCACUACCUCCUGGGUAACAACAUAACAGUGGCGGUUUUGGGUAUAGUGAUUCCUAUAGUGAUCAUCGGCCUGCUCUGCACCGCCGGAUACCUGAUCUGGUGUAACUGGCGCCGGAAGAACACCAAGAGUAUGAACUUCGACAACCCUGUCUACCGUAAGACCACGGAGGACGACGAUGACGAGAUUCACAUCGGUCGUACUGGAGAGUCGAUCGGCCAUGUCUACCCCGCUCGCGUGGCGCUCAGUCUGGAGGAUGACGGACUCCCCUGAGGGGCACGCCGUGUCUCCGCCCCGUCCCUCCAUAUCCCGGGGUGACCACACUGCAGAGGAGGGGGGCACAGAGAGAGAGAGUGAGAGAGAACCUGCUCAUACAGUAACCUAACCCCCCAAGGACGGGGGGGGUAUAUUUUACUUAUACGUGUAUCCCCCAACUCGUGUCUCUAAAACACAUCCUCUCUCUCUCUCUUACACCUAACUGUAAUGUCCUACUACUUUACUACUAGUUACUACUGCGCUGUCCUCUGCUCUUCUCUUAGCCCCUCGUUAGUUAGGUAGUUCCUGUAGUUAGAUGUAGUGCUGAAUGCUACUGUAUGUCUUACUGAUGACUAACCUCAUUGCCCAUCAGUGCACAUGUAAAUAGAGGCUGGUUCUCCCUGAUUGGACAACUGUACUGUGCCAGCAACAGGGGAAUGGCCAGCUGUAUUUAAUUAUUAUUUUGUUUUGACUUUAUUUAUUGUUUGUGUUUGCUGGUGAAAAUAUGAUCGGGCCAGGCCUGUGCCACUGAGGAUAGGCUAUGCAUGGUUAGAGCCAAGUGGAAUGAGUGUAGGGAUGGGGAUAUUGGGGGGUAUUUUGUGUGGGGGAAGGGGCGUGCCAGAGGGCAGCGCCACAGGAAAAAGCAGCAGGGCAGAACUCGGGUGAGGGAGGAUUGUGGGAAAUCUGCUCUGCUGGCACCCAGAGGUACACAAAAGUUACUAGAUAAUGACCAGGGGGAAGGGACGGGUUGGGAUGGGGGUCGGAGGACGUUUUUUAAACUAGGAAGAUUUGGUGGUACACAUUCCCUGCUGUUGGUCUCUGUAUGAGCAGAGAUGUUUUCUCUCUAACUUUGGAAGACGUUUUAUGGACUCUGUAGAAGAGGGUCCCACUACUGAUUUAAAUGGAAGGAAAAUGACAACCCAAUGAAGAAACAGAACUGAGCACUGGAUUUGUGUUAGAAUCACAGUUUAUGAGUUGAAUACAGUUGUAUAUCAGUCAGGGUAUCCACUAGCUUCCACUACCAUUUCCUGUCUGGUUAGUUCCCAUACUCACGUCUUCCACACUGAGGAUAUAUUUCAGUAUAUUUCAGUUCUCAGUGUAAUAAGGAGUGGCUGGACUACUAUAAGCGGAAGAAAGAUAUAUUUUACUAGAGAAGACAUCCAUUGUUGGAUUUACAGAAUCAGUCUGGGUGUGGUACACUGGAUUGUUUGGGGACUAUCAUCCAUGCAAUAGCAUUCUGUCUUCCAUGCCAUUAGAACCUGCCUAGCAGGUGAUAUCAUCAGGGAGGGGACCUCUGCACCAGCACAGUUAUGGUACUGAAGGAAACAAUUUAUUGUGAUUCUGUCAUAGGUUCAUAAUAAACGAAUAGGUACAGUGGAUAGUUUUGAGUGUGUACAUUUAUGCUCUGCUACUGAACAAACAAACUUGACUAUUUUCUUCUAUAGCACUGGAUAUGAAGGCCCAAUUGAGAGACAUGGCUGUCUAAGCUCUUUCUGUAAGCAAGACUUCACUAGAGCUGUUUAGCUGUCUUCCUGCUGGUAGUCAGUACACUGUCAAGGAUUCAUAUGAGAACCUGCUAACUGAAGGUGUUGACUUCAACUACUCCAUCUUAUUUCUGUAGGAAACACAGAGGCUUUUGGGAAGGAAGUGGGACACAUGCUAGUGCAUGCAUUCACACAGAGACACAGACAUACACACACAGAGACACAGACGUACAUACACAGAAACACACACACAGAGACACAGACAUACACACACAGAGACACAGA